GGAAUUCGUCUGAAGCAAGCAAAAAACUUAUGAAAUACUGUAUCCGCUUUCAACAUUAUAACCUUCAAGAACAUACCAUAAUGUACAAAUAAUGUCAGCAGCAUUGUUGUUUUCCUUUUCUUUUCAUCACUAGUUUCACUUUCAUUUUUUGUUUGCGCAGAAGGUGCGCCGGCGGGCGCGUUGCGCUGAAUCGAGAUGUCGGGUCGAAGAGAGAGGCAGCAACGCUAUGAGGACAUUUUCGGGAACCCGGUCAAGCGGGCUCCGCCGCGGGACGCGGUUGCUGUUGCAAAAACCACGGCGGCCGCGCAGAACACGCACUGGGAUCUGCGACCACUGGCCAGCUGGCGCAUGGCGGGCGGGCGGGAGGUUGGGUUCGGAGAGUCCAAAAUAAAGGAGACGCGACAGCAGGUGGACUCCUGGGGCCGGGAGGUCAGCGACGAUGUAGAUGCUGGUGCCGCGGUAAGCAAAUCCCUUGUUAACGAUCCCCCGUUUCAGCACCACGCGCGGUCGCAGGCCGUUCGGCGGGACUUCUCCGAGUGGGAAGAGGGGCGCGUGGACCGGGAGUUGCAGGCCCUGAAAGGCGAAUGCGUGUAUGAUCCGGAGCAGGAAAGAACUGCAUCGGGAACAGCCCACGACACGAGAAAGCCCGCGUCCCCGCGCGGCCCGCCGGGUCCCGCAGCGGGCUCGCCGUCGGCCCUGCAGCUGCGAGACCAGAGCCCGAACGACGUCACAGAGCUCUUUUUGCGGAACGGACAAGAGUACACGCCGGACGACCUGGUGGCGGUGCGGCACACGUCCCCCCGCCGCAACAAUCUAACGACCGUCCCACCGGGGGCAGUGCGUCGCUCGAAGACCAUCACGCGCAACAACCGGCAUCAGCGAGGAAGCUCCUAUCCCGUCCGCACGGGGCUCAGCAUCGAUCACAGGAGGCUGCAGGAGGAGGAGAAAAACCGCCGUUUCUACGACUUCACGGAGGAUUUCGACUUUGAGUACUUCCGCGGCUACCCGCACAUUUUGGACGACAAAGUGAACGAGGGGGCGGAGAGCCGCGUGCACUUUGUUCCCCCACCACCGCUCCCGCAUGCCGCAGCGCCAGGCAGCGGCCCCCUGGGAGGGCCGGCACGGGAAGUAGAGCAGCCUGCCGCGACUGAGUCGUCCGCAGGACGAGACGGCGCUCUGGAGCAGCAGCUGGAUUCUAGGCCCGAGGACGCCACCGCGAGGCAGAAGGUGAUCGAGGACGUAGAGCGGAAAAAAUUUGCGGUCGCCGAGAAAGUCACCGAUCGAGGCCGGACCAGCAGCGCGCAGGACUUGCAGGAGGCCCAUGACAUGCGGGCCGCGGGCAAAGUGAGAGACGUCCGCACCACGCCCUUACACGAAAUGUUCUCUUUCCCCAAGGAGGGCAUGAUGAAAAACUUGCGGCAGCGCAUCCACGAACGAGGACUUCCGGAGAUGGUUCGACGGGGUGAUAAUGACGUACCACCACCCUGGAAGUGGCCACAUCUGGGCAAGGGGUACUUACUUACUUUGAACUUUCACGAUGUUUGCAGGGGGUUAGAAGAUUUAAGUGUGUUUUCAUCUCGUGGCUUCGUUCUGCCGACUUCUCUUGUAUGCCCGAAAAAACAGGAAAUGAAAGUUCACUAAAUACUGAUAUCAACUACGCAGGUAUAUUUGGAACCACGAGAUCGAUAUAAGAGACGCGCAGCUCACCACGCCCGGACUUUGGGAGGCGCAGGGCGUGACUAAGGACGAGGUUGAGAAGGCGGACGCCGCAGCGCGUGCACGCCGGCGAAUGCGCGUGCUCGGGGCCCCGGGGGUCCGCGAACGCGAGGCGCAGGGCAAGGAGAAGAAGCGACAAGUAAAAUUUGUGCGAAAGGACAAGACGGCCGACGAGCUGCAGACCGUGUCGGAUACCGAGGUGGAUCCUCGGGCCGCACGCCUGGCAACGCGCUACAAGAACGAGGGUGCCCUGUCGUUGCAGUUUUACCGCCGUGUGCUGGACCACAUUCAUGCCAAGGAAACUGGGUACCUCGCGCCCGAAACGAAGGACGCGAUGAAGCACACCGGGGUGGACGUAAAGUAUCCCGGGUUGUCGUACGUGAAGGUGAACCACCUCACCGCGCGACAGGGCGAACAGGACCACGCCGCGCUGCGUGGGACGCGCGAACAAGCCAAGCGCACGCGCCGGAACGACGGGAACCUGAAGGGGCAUUUGAUUUUCCCCGAGCUCGCUUUCGACGCCACCAGCAUCGCCCAGCAGCCGCUGACCAAGAGCGAGGCUCGGCCUCGGUCCGAGGAGUUUCACGUGCGGCGGCACGUGCUGCAACAGCGCGCGCGACGGGACGGGAUGCGGCGCGGACACUCCGGACACACAACAGCGUCCACGGCCUUCACCGACAUUCAGGCGGGGGAGGACUACAAAACGGAUCACGCCGAUGUGCAGGCCACCUACAAGGAGGGCCAGAAGCAGAUUCUAUCGAAGAUCGGGCCGGAGAUGGGGGGAAGCGGCAAUCCGAGUGCGCGCUGGGACAUGCCCCGAAACGAAAUGCAGCACAUUGCGAACAUGCCUCAGUUGUACGAAGACAAGCACGCGUUUCUGAAGAACCAGAAGAAGGACCGCGAGCACGACACGACCGCAUUCUUUUACCCGGAGGAGCAUACCCCGGCAGAUAACGAGUCCUCGCUCGCAUGGCUGGACUUGGACCUCGGGAAAAGGUUUAAGGCGAACGAGAAGCAGCGCGCCGCUUACAGUUGCGACGCGAUGCGCAAGCUGCGCACCUUUGGUCACACGGUGGACGGUACGAAUCGGUUCCACGCAGCCGCGGGGUCCGCCAAUACGCCAAUAGACGAACUCUACCUCGACUGUCCGCUGGACCCGGGGUCGCAGGGUCGAAAGCGGGACGAUGGUGUACAAGCGCGCAGGUUGAAGACUCGGUCAGGCUUUGGGCGGCGUUUCGAAAAGGCGACCCCCGUGGCGCCUCAUCGCCAGCAUCCGAACGUGGUGGGCGGUGGGUACGCGGGUGAAACGAAGGACGCGGAGGCGACCGCGAAAGCGAAGGAGGCAUUUCUCACGUUCAUGCACGAGAACCGCCAGGCGGCGCAAAACCGCCCAAAGACGCACGUGCUGUUUUACCCACACCGAAUGGAUACGGUAAAGCGCACCAUCCAAGCCGCCUUUCCGGAUGUGAAGAAGGCUGGCGCAGCGAUCGGGACUGCGGACCCCUUGGCAGAUGCGGGUCGCUUUGUGACAACGUACGGCGAGAGCUACAAGACUUCCGGCCGCGCACAGAGCAUGCCGGCAUCGCCGAUUUCGUCGGCGCGAGUGCGCUUUCACUCAAGGGCCAUGGGUCGUAUCGAGGAGGCUGCGGAGACCAUGCAUCGCGAAAAUGCGGAGGCCGACGCUUCCCACGCGGGGGAGCGAAAUCAGGCCUCCGCUGUGGAUCAGCACGGUCUGUUGUUCGGUGCCGAGGGCGUUGUCAACCGACUUACAACCGUCCCGGAUGCGCCCUGUAGUCGAAAAACCACGUAUCGUGAUAACGCUGACGUUCCGAGUCGCUUGGAACUGCACGAGCGCGAAUCGCUGGAACUCCGCAAUACCCGAGUGCCUGAUCGCAAAUUUCCGCAACAGGGUCCCCGUGGCAAGCCCGGCGAGCAGCGGCGUCGCGUGCACGUGUGCAACCAGCUUCGGAAAGAACAGGAAUUGCGCAGGGAGCUACUCCGGCGCAAUGAUCAGGAAGCGGAACUACAAGAACAGGGUGCAUUGUCGGAUGCCCGGUUUCUGGCCGAUGAGGCAAACGCGGGCAUUACGGUCCCGGAGGGAACGAGUGUAAACGAAGUUCAGGCGGAUUUGAAGAACCGUCUCCGCCGGGGUGAUGCAGAAAUGCAGAUCCGCUCGUAUGUGGGCAAGACGACGAAAAGCGCAAGGUUGGUAACUUCGAAGCAGAGCAAUAGAAAGUUGGAAUUCCAACCGAAGCUGCGAGGAGGACGCAGGGCCGCGGCGGGCAACAAGAACAAGAAGGGCGAACAUCAGCACGAUGUCGAGUCCGUGGCCUCGUUGCGCAGUAACGAAUCGAACAUCACACCGCUGGAAGCGCGCUUGAGCCACAAAAGCGGAGUUGUAGUUUCUGGCACGACCAGCAAGCAAUCUUCGGCAACUGCUGGCACUUCUGCCAGGUCAACUUUCCUACAGGGAAUUCUGCACGAGACAGAUUCCCAAAGAACUUCCAAGCGAACAACCGGUCGGUUGCGUGGUGGUGCAAAUACGAAAACGCGGGAGAAAGAAACCAAGCCAGUAGAAGAGAGGGCUUUUGCGCCAUCUAGCACAGAAUCUACAGGGGCUGCGGGUCAUGCGGCUGAUGAUGACCACAAACCCGAGUACCCGCUCGAGCGCGUGGCCGGGAGACCUCGCAGCGGGCUCCGCUCCGCGCACGCACGCACCUCUACCUCGGUCGCUACGGGAAUCGGCCCGGGCGAAGACCUGCCGCCUUUGGAGGAAGUGCCCGAAGAGUGGGAGUCCGUUGAGAACACUGCUCCGCCGCGCAUCCACCAAUCCCUGCGGGAGCUGCAGCAGUCCGAUUCGGUGCACGACGAGGACCCGGGAUUCAUCUGCGCCACCCACGUGGUUCCUCGGACGAGCUACGACGAUGCGUACGGCUGGCACCCCGCAGUGCGGCGGUCCCGGUCCGCCACCGCGCUCGCGAACUACAUCACUUCGGACGCGGAACUGACCAAGCGAAAGCGGGACGAGUUUGCCACUUUGACGCGCGAACAGACCACUCUGAAACCCGGGCACGUGGUCAUCGACCAAGCUCUCUUCGACAAGAGGCAGCAAGCGGACGCCGAGGUAGUGGAGACGUGCGCCCGCCAACGGCGCGAGCGCGCAUUGGAAAAGGGCUUGGCGAAAGCUAAACGCCUGCAGCAGCGGCCGCUCUUGGUUCCCCACGAUUACCCGGAUGACAUCUCGGACGAGCUGCUGCACUUGUGGCAGCGGAAAAAGUUUCAACGCCUGCGAGAGCACAUGUUUGAAUUCCGGGCCUCCGAGUUUGGGCAUGCCGUGCGUUUGCCGCUGCACACGCGCACCAAGUUGCUAACGAGCAGCAAGAACGAGCUCGUGCGUGUGGAUGCGAACGGAAAUUUGUACGAAAAGGCCGUGCCCGAAAUCUUCGACCGUCGGCCCAUGAACGCAGAAAAGGCGAAGGAACUUUACGGCCCCGGGGGGCCGUUGGAGCAGUACGGUGCCCAGGAGGUGCUCGGCGACGAACUGACGCGCGAAAGGCCGCCGAAUCUGUGUCGGAUGGGCGCACAACUUGGAUUGACCGUGAUCCCACAAGACAUGCAGCCGGAGCAGCUGCGGCAGAAGAUUCGCGAGAAGCGGCAGCGCAAGCUGUCCUUCCGCGAGAAGACCGCACGGCACGUGACGGAGCUUCCGGCGUCCGUGAAGGAGUACAAGGACCUGGAGAACAUGUCGCGCCUGAAGGCCAUGGUCGCCCGGGACCCCGAGGCCUACGCGCGCUUGGUGGACCCGAUGUAUUCCUUGGAGCAGUCGAUGCUGAAUCCGCAGCAGGACCAUGCCAAGAAUCGCGUGAACCACCGGGCGAGCCCGGGGGCGACGUUGACCGAGUGGGUCUGUCUCCAUCCGGAGGAAAGCAAUGUCAAGAAGCCUUACCUCGCGUCGCUGGGUGCCGCGACCAGGCGCACGGAUCAGCAGCAGCUGGAAGACAAGGAGUAUGCGCGGCGCCGAGGGUUGAUUUCAAAAUCCUCUGACUCCGUGGCCGGCUCCCUCGCGCCGGAAAUGGAGAGGAUUUUCGCGGGCGCGGCAGCAGACGAGAAGGCUUUGGGCCUGGCGCCAUCUUCUUCUACAACUUCUCUCCCUGCCGAUUAUACGACAACUUCGAGCACGCAGAAACAGCCUGCGCGGACUUUGUCCAGUGCGAAAAUCGCACGAUUGCGGAGUACGCUCGUGCAGCAGGACAUUGACGAACGAGAGGACGCCCUGAAGCGGUGCUCUUUUGGGGCGUGGAACGACGACGCCGAGGAGGGCGACAAAGUGUACAUGUGGAAGCCCCCAAACAACCUGCUGGAAAGCACCGUGGAUGUCACGCUGAACGAGGAGGGCAAUCUGAUUCUGCUCCAAGAGAACAGCGAGCACCACGAGAAGCUCCGGGCUGGCUACACGGUGGACGAGAAGUCCAAAAACGUCGCGCCCGCCAAGGAGAAGGACCAGUUGACGCGCAAGCUGCAGAAGAUAAAAAACAAGGGCGUGCGGGAGCGGGUGCAGUGCAUUGGCGCCGAGGAGGCCCUCUCCGAUGGUUGGGAAGAGGUGACGCCCCUGGACGCCGAUCAGGAGGAUUUUCGGCGGGAAAAUUUCGGAGAAGGUGGCCAGGAGGAAGUAGAGGCAGAUGCAGGAGCACGCGGCCGGAACGAACCUCGGCUGCGGGGCGGGCGUCAGCAGCCCGUUGUUCAUCUGGCGCACUCUGAUCGUCACGCGGAGAUGAGUGCACGCGGGUCGGACUCGUCGUCCGGGGUUGACGAUAUUCAUGCGCGCGGCCAAGGGGGCCAGAAGAGACAGAUAGCUUUUGCGUUGGACGCUAAGCAAGAUGCUGAGGAGCAGGCACAGUUCCCAAUAACAUCUCAAGUAGAAAGUCAAACCGCGCACCGCCCACGCGUCGCAACCGACGAAGACUUGAUCUGGGGCCACGACCCCGCCCGUCGAGCGAACAACAAACGAAGCUUCCACUCCACGCACGCGAUGCGACGGAACCAGGUGAGUCCCGAGCGUACGAUUGUAAACACGGAAGCGGCCGAGCACAACAAGAAUCUUCAUGCCGAGAAGCAAGAAAAGCACAAGAAGAGCAGAAAGAUGUCUAGCCGAGGCGCUAGUGCUACAAGUUCUCCGGGACGAAAAACCGAUCCUUCGGAACUGGAACAAGACCACGGUGGCGCGGAAGAGGAACAGCACGCGUCUCUCUCCACGUACGAGCACGAUACGCAGCACCUGACGAAAAAAAUCACGGACGUUGCGCCCUCUGGUCGGCGGGGGGUAGAUCCGAAUAUGCUUCGCCCGGGAGACGAGGAAUUCUUGAAGGCUCAGGGAGCGGCAUACUCCAGCUUGUUCAUGAAGCCGGAGCGCCAGCAGCUGCCAAGCAGCGCCUCUUGCUCUGCCCUGGACACGAGCGACGAGCUGCAACGAAAUACCACUACUAAUGAAUCAGCCCCGCUACCCCUGUCUCAUCAGCCGAAGCGAGAGCGUCUGCGCCACGCGCUUGAAAAAGACUUGUCGAACGGCAUGGACAAGAUUUCGACGACGUUUGUGAAAUCCGAGAAACCCCGAAAUCGGUUCUACAACUCGCAAAACGCCGCAACGCUCCGGGCUGAGCAGCACCCUCCCAGUCCUACGGCCGGCGUCUCUACGCCUAUUCACCGCGACCAGCAGGAGACCAGGGAGGCAGAUAAACAAAUAAACGCGCAAGAAGAUGAAGAGCUGCGCAGACAACAGCGGGCGAACCGUUCGCGGACAAGUGUUGCGGAAGUAGAUGAAUUAGAACAACAGGGUCAUCAACAGCACGACAAGAAAAUGAAGAACGUCUUGCAGCCUCCUUCGACACGACUUGUCGCCUGGGAGCGCCCCUGGGGUAGCUCGCUGAAUUUGAAACCCUACCAGGCGCGGGCGCAGGUGAUGACUACCCAGGAAGCGAAGCAGCUGCGCACCCGAUCGCAGCCCGGCACGCGCGACGCAAACAUGCGGCAGCGCUGGAAGUACGACGACAAGGUCGUCGGCGAAAGUAGCGAGAAGACCACGGACCGGGACAAGUAUCCCUAUUUCGUCUCUCGACUGGGCGAGGAGACGACUCAGGGCGAGGUCUGGACCGAACCGCGAGCCUACGCCGGCCUGUAUGACGGAAAGUACGCGCCCUUCUACGACAAGACGGAGGAGAACUUCGUGGACGACAAGUACUUCACCACGAUUCCCCCGCACCGGAAGCCGCACCUCAAAAACGCGCCCGGCGACGACGUGAAGAGCCGGCGGUUCAUGACGAGCCGCGAAAUGGAGGAGCGCCGGGUGCGGUUACCCAAGUCCCCGAUGUACCACCUGCCUUGGGACCCGUACGAAGUCCGUCUUUUCGGCGGGAUCGUCUGCGGCGAACGGGAUUCCCACGACGUGCUCGGCCGGUCGCCCACCAGCGCAGAAACGAAAAGAUUAUACCGGUCGGUGUACGACAAACAGCAGAACUACGACAUGGAACGGCUGAACUUGAGACGAACGCAGUCCGCGGGCCACAACUUCGCGCAAGUGCAGCAAGCUAUUUCUAGAUCUACUGAGCACGACGGGAGAAUUACAUCAAAACUCAACCGGUCCUCCCCGACCGGGCUGACGGGGGAGGAGGAGCGCUUGAUCGCAGCGACGGGAAAGACCAACACGCGCCGCGGGACGCGGACCCUGGCGAACGGGAGCGUGUCUCUCACGAGGAAAUUGUUCGAGGAGGCGCCCGCGCGGGGCAUGCAGGAUCAUGCGAUCGAGGGGAUGUACACGACGGAAUCAGCAGCGCAGUUCCGGUCGACGAAAUUCCAACCGGACGCCGAGCCGACCGCGGCCAAUCAGCGUGGGAGCGGUGCAGUGGUGAUCGACGGAACGUGCGUGGGGAAGGUUAAGGAACGCUCCGAGCCCGGGGACAAGAAGUUCGCGACGAAUCGCCGGCUCACGAAGGUGAAAAGCCACGUCAUUCGCACGGUCACAGAGCAACCGCGUACAAUCUCCAGUAUGGCCGGUGUCCUCUCAGGGGCGCGGAACACCACUGCUGAUCAGACACUCACAUAAAAGUAUUUGAGUUGUAAAAUAGUUUAUUUCGUCCCAUGUUGAAAGUAUCUUUUGCUUUUCGGUUUUGAGUUUUCACAGUUUAUUCCAAAGUUAAUACAUAGUCAUCGCUAGUACAGUUGUUGUGUUGAGUAGUGUUUUUGAGAGCUUAUCAUUGCCAGUCGUGGCUUUGUUGUAAUUUUGCGCGACCGUUGAGGAAAAUGUAUAUCAAGUUGGAUUCUGACACGCACUUUGUGUAUCCCUGUACCUCUGGCGUACAGCUGACAGACAUUCAUGUGUAUUUUUCACUUUUGGUAUUCGAAUUCGUAU